ACGCCCCUCACGCUGUGUACGUACGCCGCUUGGAUCACGUGACUGUAACGGGCGGAAUUUUCGAAAAACAACCAAGCGGCCCCGCGGGAAUGGAAGCGGGCUCUCGCGGCUCCAUCCACCGUUACCGCCGGCUCGUAGUGACCUUCCUGUCCGCUACCUCGGGAGUCUCCGAGCACCCACACCGUCUAUUUCUGCGAUGAUGAGCCGGGCCGCCCAGAGGAAACAUGGCGAGCAGCAUCGGGGGGACGAUCGAGGACUUCAAGGUCCUCAACCUCCUCGGAAAAGGCUCAUUUGCCUGUGUGUACAAGGCACAGUCCAAACAUACAGGCAUCGAAGUAGCUAUCAAAAUGAUUGACAAAAAGGCCAUGCAGAGGGUUGGCAUGGUCCAAAGAGUGCGUAAUGAGGUAGAGAUCCAUUGCCAGCUAAAGCAUCCAUCUAUUUUGGAGCUUUAUAAUUAUUUUGAAGACAGCAACUACGUCUAUCUGAUACUUGAAAUGUGCCACAAUGGAGAGAUGAACAGGUUUUUAAAAAAUCGAAAGAAACCCUUUACGGCAAAUGAAGCUCGGCAUUUCAUGGAGCAGAUAGUGAAAGGGAUGCUGUACCUUCAUUCCCAUGGCAUCCUACACCGCGACCUCACCCUUUCUAAUCUUCUACUCUCCAGUGACAUGAACAUCAAGAUUGCAGACUUUGGCUUGGCUGCCCAGCUAAAGUUGCCAAAUGAGAAACACUUUACAAUGUGUGGCACACCUAACUACAUCGCCCCGGAAAUUGCUACCAGGAGUGCUCAUGGCCUGGAAUCUGAUGUCUGGUCCUUGGGCUGCAUGUUGUACACUUUCCUUGUGGGUCGACCACCUUUUGACACAGACACAGUAAAGAACACUUUAAAUAAAGUAGUUUUGGCAGAAUAUGAAAUGCCCAGUUUUAUGUCAAGAGAGGCAAAGGACUUAGUUUUUCAGUUGUUACGUAAAAAUCCUGCAGAUAGGCUAAGUCUGUCUUCUGUGCUGGACCACCCAUUUAUGAUAGGGUAUUCUUCUACCACACGUGCCGAUAUGGCAGCAGUUGAAGAUUCUAUCGAUAGUGGCCAUGCUACAAUUUCUACAGGCUUUACUGGUUCCUCUGGGGUAAGUGUUAGCGGACGCCUACCAGAGAAGAGGAUUUUAUCUGGCCCUUCACUCCCAAACAAAAUGAACAUCUUCCAGUUUAAGGACAGGGAACCAAGUAAUGCUUCGACCGGAGAUGGAGGGAGCUUCCAUAGCCGCCAGAGGGAGGAAUAUGAUCUCUCUGAGGGAAGAGGUAGAAAAGCUGUUGAAGAUAGGCCACGCUCUCGCUACCUCCGCAGAGCCCACUCCUCUGAUAGAACCGGUACCUCCCACAGCCAGAAUCAUAGUAAACCAGGCAGCUUCACCGAUAGGUGUCACUCUGUGGAGAAUCUGAGGAAACCUGGUCCGCUGACGGGUUACAGGACCUCUGCCUCGUCUCCCGGAAACAGCUAUGGAGAUAUUCCUCAGAUGUUCCCAGACAAUGCAAAGCAUGGAUCCUUGGACAGACACACCUCCCCACCAGUGAAAGAGAAAACACCAUCUGAAUAUUUCUGUCUUCCAAAGCCAACUGCUGCAAGGUCUGAUGAGAGGUGCCAGACUGAAACUGUACAGCAAUGGUUUGGAGCGAUGCAACUAAAUGGCCAGAUACACACUACUCAGGAGGUAAACAGCAUCAAUAAUUCAGGUGCUAACUACUACUGCCAACCUGCCAUGAAACCAGAUGCUCCACCAUACACCAGGAGUGAUGUUAAAAUGAAGAAGGCCACUGACUCCUCCUAUGAAAGUGUGCAGAAAGGACUGGGUAAAUUUCCAGCUGCUGGCCAGCAUAAAGCAGAAGAAAACCAGCACCAUCCUAAAGGUAGAAUUCCCCCACAAGUUCCUGGUUACUGCAACUUGAGAAGUAUUGUUCAUCCACUAAACUCUGAGAGACUAAAGCCCAUCAGGCAGAAAACAAAGAAUGCAGUGGUGAGCAUUCUUGACACUGGAGAUGUUUGCAUGGAAUUUUUAAAAGAGCAGAAUUCUCAAGAACGGGUUAAAGAGGUGCUGCGGAUAUCCUGUGAUGGAAACUUAAUAUAUGUGUAUCAUCCUAAUGAAGGCAGAGGGUUACCUCUGGAUGACAGGCCUCCAUCUCCCCCAGAAAGCAUGCUGAGUUACACUUUUGAGAGUUUACCAGAAAAAUAUUGGAAAAAAUACCAGUACGCAUGGAAAUUCACAGAACUUGUCCGGUCCAAAACUCCAAAAGUGACUUACUAUAGUAGAUAUGCAAAAUGUAUGUUAAUGGAAAACUCCCCGAAUGCUGAUUUCGAAGUCUGCUUCUUUGAUGGAGCUAAAAUCCAAAAAACUGCCGAGUUCAUUCGGAUAAUAGAGAAAUCUGGAAAGUCCCACAUGCUGAAACACGAGAGCAGAAUAAGUGGCAUGGGCGAGGAAAUGAAAUCUUACAUGGAUCAUGCCAAUGAGAGCCACCAGGUUUGUCUUUCCUUGGAAUCGACUGUUAACGUUGAAGAGAAGAAAGGAGAUUAUGUUUCUUUGUUCCCUGUAACAUUUGGGAGGAGACCAAUAACCACAGACUCUCCAAAGCCCCUUAAAGAAACAACAUCUACUGGGGAGAGAGGAUGUGGACAUAAUGAUCAAGUCUCUAGCAACAGGGUUUUAAGCAGCUCCUCAUCUCCCAACCAGAUGCCAAACAUCAAUCCUUCUAUGCUGUCGUAUGAAGGAUCUGUAUGUUCUGCUCAGACUGCUUCUACCUCCACUGCCACCAAAACCCACACUCCAGAUCCAAGCCAUGUUGUUAAAUCUGUAUUUGUUAAAAACGUAGGAUGGGCAUCUCAGCUAAACACAGGGGCUGUAUGGGUGCAGUUCAACGACGGCUCUCAGCUUGUAGUCCAGCCAGGAGUUUCUACAAUUAUCUAUACGGACCCAAAUGGUCAAGUAACAAGACAUGGAGAAAAUGACAGACUUCCAGACUACAUCAAAAGCAAACUGCAGUGCCUUUCCUCUAUCCUAAUGCUCUUUGCAAACUCCUCCAGCCAUUCAUGAUGAAAGGUUUAUUGUACAUGACUGUGAAUAACCUGAGCCUCCAAAACAUGACCACUUUCAUCAAGGGACUAUAUGGCUAUGUGUCUAUUUUUCAAGGGACCUGUUCUUUUAAACCCGUAUUCCUCCAAUAAUGUCUGUGGAUUCAGCAUUCUUAACCUGUAAAUAAGAGUAGCAUUUACAGCCACAUUUAUUAUCAUGGAACGUGUGUGUCCUGAUCUGUAUCUGUCUAUGUAAAUGUUGUAUGUUUUGUAAAAUGUAAAGCAUAUUUUUUUUAUUUUUAUGUUAAUUUAUAUUUGUAAUUAUUCUCUAAUGAAAAGUUGCUGCAGUAAUAAAUGCGGUGAUAUGUACUAUUACGAUUUUUAACAAAUAUUAACACGUGCCAAGCUGACACUUUUUUUUUUUUUACUUUUGCAAAAGGUGGCGAUUGGCUGAACCCUCUUAUUUGUAAGCAUCUUGAGAAAAUUGCAAAUAUAUUUCUUAUGAAGCCAAGUACA